AUGGAACAAAGAGAAGGAAUAGCUUGGAAGGAGCGGCGGUUUUGGUUGGUCUUCUUUGUUGUUUUGGAUAUUUUACGGAGCGGAGCUUUUGCACAGAUCAGAUAUUCCAUAUCCGAAGAGGUUCAAGAUGGAACAGUGGUCGGGAAUAUAGCUAAAGAUUUGGGACUUGAUAAGAGCGCACUCAAAGACAGGGGAUACCGCAUUGUAACAGGCUCAACGGAACCCCUGUUUCAGGUGAAUCAAAACGAUGGCAUCCUGUAUGUGGCAAGAAGAAUAGAUAGGGAAGGCGUGUGCGAACGGAGCAGUACAUGCUUGAUCAACCUAAAAACCUUGCUAGAAAACCCACUUGAAAUUCACUAUGUGGCAGUGGAAAUACUGGAUAUAAAUGAUCAUUCGCCCGUUUUUCCUGAGAAAGAGAAAAGGCUUGAAAUUUCCGAGUCUGCUCUACCAGGAGCGAGAUUUCAGCUACAGGCUGCACGAGACCCUGAUGUAGGCCAAUUCGCCAUUCAGCAAUAUAAACUCAGCCAUAAUGAAUAUUUUAGAGUAGAAGUAAAGGAUCGGGGCGAAGACCGUAAAGUACCAUUUUUAGUUCUGCAAAAGCAGUUAGACAGAGAAACAAGCGGCAAGCACAAGCUGCGUCUAACAGCCGUUGAUGGAGGGAAACCGGCGAAGUCAGGCGAUAUAGAAAUCAUUGUGGAUGUACUUGAUGUUAAUGAUAAUUCCCCAGUGUUCACAAAAGAGCUGUAUUCUGCUACACUUACUGAAAACACCCCCACUGGUACUGUAGCCAUUCAAGUAAAUGCAACAGAUUUGGAUCAGGGUGCAAACGGUGAAAUAAUAUAUUCAUUCGGUAACGAAGUCGAUCCAAAAAUAAUGGGGCUCUUUAAUAUAGACGCAAAUACUGACUAUACUUCUAAAUAUCUGCCAGAGACAAAUUAUGAUGGCACACUGUGUCACAGCAUCCAGUACAGAUCAGGAGAGAAGCGGUACAUGCUAGUUGGACCCAGAAUGAGUAUAGGAUCUACUAUAGUUCCGGGAAGCCAUGCAAAUACCCUAGUGCUACCUGGCAGGAGAAAGGCAUCUGAAGAGGUAAAGUCUCUCAUUUAA